AAUUAAGGACCUUAGGAAAAACAAAUCAUGACAAGACGUGAAGCAUUUCUACAAGUUGUAUCUACAGAUACUGUUGAAGAGUUUGUGCAUUAUAUGCAGCUUCAUAAGGAUCCAUUUGAUCCAUUUGAUCUGAAUGAAUUGCUUCAGGAAUUACCAAGAAAACAGAAGGAAGCAUUAUGGGAGAGGCUGACGCAUCUAUUAACACACAUUUUGGUAAAGAACCCAGUGGAAGGAUGGCAGAGGAUUGAAGAUGAAAGUGAUGAUGAUAUGGAAAUAGAGGAAAGUCCAAAAAUGAAACAAAUGAUAGCUGUGAUCCAAGGGGUGACAACUGUAGUUACUGCUUCGAUACCUGUAGUAGAUGAAAAUAUAAACUACAAAGCUCUUCUAGAAUGUGCUCUAAUAUUAAAUGGUAUUCUUUAUGCAUUAUCUGAAUCUGAAAAAGUCCUACAGGGUGCCAUCCAGCAAUUAUGUGCUAUGUGGUGGGAGAAAGGACUGGAAGGAAAAGAACAACUGGGGAAAACAGCUUUUAUUAUGCUGCUAAGAAAAAGUCUGAAGAGCAAAACUGUUACGGGUGCAGAUAUAGUUCGUCUAUGGCAUCUACACCAGACGUUACUGUGUUUUGAUUAUGACCUCGAGGAGACCAAUGAAGUAAAAGAUUUGUUGCUUCAGUGCUUUAUGAGUGUUAACCAUAUAAAAAAAGAAGAGCACAGACAAACCAUUCUGUGCUGCAGGAAUGUUGUCAAGAAAGGGAAAAGGCACUCCAAAGGAAGAAGAUUCCUUAGCUUUCUGUUGAGCUGGAAUGUAAACUUCAUUAAAAUGAUCCAUGGGACUAUUAAAAACCAGUUGCAGUGUUUUUCAAAAUCUCUGAUGGCAUAUGUUGCAGAAAUUUAUUUCAGGGCUUGGAAGAAGGCUUCAGGAGAGAUUUUAGAGAUUCUUGAGCAUAAUUGCAUUCAGGAUUUCAUGCAUCAUGGAAUUCAUCUUCCUAGGAGUUCUCCAGUGCAUCCUAAAGUGAGAGAGUUACUGAGUUACUUUCACAAACAAAGUAAAGUUCGUCAGGGAGUUGAAGAAAUGCUGUACAGAUUGUAUCAACCUAUCCUUUGGAGAGCAUUAAAGGCCAGAAACUCAGAAGUUCGAUCAAAUGCAGCAUUAUUGUUUGUUGAAGCAUUUCCUAUUCGUGAUCCCCAUUUUAAUAAUGAGGAUAUGGAUAAUGAAAUUCAGAAACAGUUUGAAGAACUUUUCAGUCUUUUAGAAGAUCCUCAACCAUUGGUCCGCUCUACAGGGGUACUUGGUGUUAGUAAAAUAACAUCCAAAUACUGGGACAUGAUUCCUGCAACCAUCCUUGCUGAGCUUUUAAAAAAACUAAUUGGAGAUCUGGCUUUUGAUGUAACUUCAGCUGAUGUUCGUUGUUCUGUUUUUAAGUGUCUGCCUAUAAUUUUGGACAACAAACUAAGCCACCCAUUAUUGGAACAGCUCCUGCCAACAGUAAAAUACAGUCUCCAUGACAAUUCUGAGAAAGUGCGAGUGGCGUUUGUUGAUAUGCUGCUGAAAAUUAAGGCUGUCAGGGCUGCUAAGUUCUGGAAAAUUUGUCCCAUGGAGCAUCUUCUGACUCGCCUUGAAGUUGAUUCACGUCCUGUGUCACGCCGCUUAGUAAAUCUCCUAUUCAACUCUUUCUUGCCUGUUAAUCAACCUGAGGAGGUAUGGUGUGAACGCUGUGUUACGCUAAUCCAGAUGAAUCCAGCAGCAGCCAGAAAAUUCUAUCGGUAUGCUUAUGAGUAUACUGCUCCCACCAACAUAGCUAAAUUCAUGCUCACUAUUCGGCGCUGCUUGAAUGCCUGCAUCCAGAGAGCAAUAAAAGAAAAUCAAGAUGAUGAUGAAGAAAGUGAAAAGGAGAAUAUAAGUAUGCUAAAUAAUGUGUUGUCAAUAAACGAUGUGGCUUCCAUGGCAAGUUUACUGGAGAUUACUGUCAUUCUCUGGAGAAGUAUUCACAAAGCACUUGAUCACAAUGAAGAAGCCAAAGGUUACACAAUCAGAAAGUUUGCCUCUGUACUACCAGAAUAUUUUAAAGUUUUUAAGGAUGAUCGUUGCAUGAUUCCAUUAGUUAUUCUGGCAUCUUUCAUGCCAGCUUCUGCUAUUCCUACAUUCAGCUGUGGUGUGAUCUCUAAAUUGAGGAAUCUUGAGAAGGGAGCUGAUGAAAAUAAAUACUCCACCCUGAUAGACUGCUUGUGUCGCUGGGGACAAGUGGGACACAUUAUGGAGUUAAUCUGUGAUUGGAUGUCUGAUGAGAUGACACCAAGAAAGAGCAAUACAGCAUCUGAGCGGCGAGUACGUAUCCAAGUAACAUACCAGUCAAAACCAGAAUUAGCACUUGAUUAUCUAGAAUAUUUAUUGACUCAUUCCAUGAAUCGGGAUUGCCUGCUAUCUGUCCCCAAAAAGAAAUUGAACCAGCUUUUGAAAGUACUUGGAGCUGCAAAGGAGAUUCUUGGCUCGAUUAUGAAAGCAACAGGUGCAGGAUCUCAUAGCUUCAAUCAAGCAACUGUCAUAAGAGCCUUCACCCUCUACUGCAGAUUAAGCAUUCAUCUUCAGCACAAGUUUUCUUCUGAAGGAAAAGUUUACCUUUCACAUCUGAAGGAGACGGGUGCUUGGAUAGAAAGUCAUGUUCUACCUUUUAUUCUAAUGCAUGAACAGGAGGAGAAUGUUCUAGAGCAGCACAUUGAAGUUUCUCAGCUAAUCAUCCAGGCAUAUCUGACAGUAUGUAAGGAUGCUAUAAUGGUUGGCCUUGGAGAUACAGAGUUUCAAGCACACCUUUUAGAUGUUACUCUUUCAAUUAUGCAAACAGAAAGAGGCUGCUUUUGUAUUCCUACAUUACUUUGUGUUCUAAAAGAGAUUAUUGAAGCUUCUUUGACUCAAAACAUUGAUACGGAUGAAGAAUUGGCAACAUUUCUCCAUGCUGUUCAGGCUCUGUUCCAGAAAAUUUUAGAAAGUGUGGCACGCAGGCUCAGAAAACAGCGGGAAGAGGGGCUUCAGUUGAUUCAUUCUAUUCAAAUGCCUCUUGGAGAAUUCAUACACACAGUCCAGUGCUGGUGUUCAUCUUGUCCAACAGUUCACCAUGGUGUACUCUCUACUCUCCUAGCUGCAGUAGUGGUCGAGAUAAGUCACACACUGCGAAAGGCUUCAAAUGCAGAAGAACUUGCACCACCAGAGUCCAUUGCAGACCUUCCUCCACUUUCAGGCAGUUUAAUGGCAAUGAUAAUUAAGUCAAUAAAUGUGGUCAGGUCAUUUUUAAAUGAAUUAAUGGAAUGCAUUGUCUGUGAAGAAAUUGAAGGAAUUAUUAGUCUUACAGCUGCUGCGUACAUAGUUGUUAUAAUCAAAGGUAAGCACAAAGCUUCACUUGUUAAGGAUAUUGCACAUGCCCUUCAAAAGAAGCUGAUGACAUGCAGAGAAGUUGCCAUGGAAGAAUCUAGCAGCAUUGAAAGAACCCUAUAUGAAUCAUCUGUGAAAAUUUUGGAGGACAUCUUGAAUCCUUGACUGUACCGCUGCCUUCAAGUCAUGAAAAGUAGAAAGAAGGAAGAUGUAUUGUUUUUUUAUAAAGCCAAGCAAUAUGUUACCUUGAAAAACAUAUUUAAUAUAAUAGUGAAUUGUUGGAAUGAUUGUAUUAUGCUAGCUUAUACUUUGUACGUACG